AUGUCCUCAAACACAUCAUCAUCAUCAUCAUCAUCUCUAUCCCUUAACCCUCAAACUCCUCCAUCAUUAUCACCUACAACAACAACAACAACAACAACAACAACCACCACCACCUCUACAUCUCCCAAUGAGAGAAGAGGAAGAAGAAAGCCCUCAGAGCCAGGUAGGUUUCUUGGUGUUAGGAGAAGGCCAUGGGGUAGGUAUGCUGCUGAGAUAAGGGACCCUACAACCAAAGAGAGACAUUGGCUUGGCACAUUUGACACUGCCCAUGAAGCUGCCCUUGCUUAUGACAAGGCUGCCCUUUCCAUGAAAGGUAUUCAAGCCAAGACCAACUUCAUCUACACUGACUCUUCCACUUCCAAUAUCUCCUCCACUUUCCACCCACUUCUCACUCCUUCCUUAGAUACUAUCACUGAUACGGUCUCCGAUGACUUCCUCUUCUCCCAUGACUCUAACUCUGGCUACUUGAGCAGCAUCAUCCCUCAGAGCUACCUUAGAUCAUCCUCAACCUCUCAAACACAUGAUCAUUAUCAUGACUUUAAUAAUGCUCACAUUCCCUCAAGUUCAACAACAACAACAAGUGCACAGAAUUUGCCUUGUUUUGAUGAGAUUGGUGGUAGCUUUUGGGUUGAUGAGCCAUUGUGGGAGCUGAAUGAAACCAUAACUCCUACUACUACUCCUACUACAGAUAGUAGUAGCAUGGGAGACAAUAGCAUUAAUCUAUGGGAAUAUGGUACAACCUCUUCAUCAGUGUCUUCAAUGACUACUCAUGAUCAUGCUUUUGAUAUGAGUUAUCAUCUUUUCUAA